UCGAUCUAUAUAAGAACGCUCAUUCUGCGCCUUGAAGAGACAUUGCCAAUUCCUCGAGUUUGCUCAGUUGGAUCACAUCAAGACUCAAACAUAACCGAAAUGAAAUUCCUCGCCUUUUCCACCAGCCUCGCGCUUACUCUCUCUUUUUCACCAUCACUGGCCCUCCCAGCUGGGUCAUCCGAUGCUGGAGAAUGGAAAACACCCGGCGAAGGAGAUGAUCGGGGUCCUUGUCCUAUGCUCAACACUCUGGCCAAUCAUGGCUAUCUACCUCGAAACGGCAGAGGAAUCAGCAAGGACAUGGCUAUUAAAGCCUUAGACGAAGUUCUCAACUGGGACGUGACGGUCGUUUCCGACCUGUACGACUUUGCUCAACCCACCAACCCAGAACCAAAUGCAACAACCAUUAAUCUCAAGGAGUUGACGACUCAUAACAUUCUUGAGCAUGAUGCUAGUUUGAGUCGUCAGGACAGCCAGUUUGGUCCCGCUGACGUCUUCAACGAGAAGAUCUGGAACGAAACGGUUGCACAUUUUACGGGAGAUACUAUCAACGUUGACAUGGCUACCAAAGCUCGCACUGAUCGUACUGUUGCGGCUGCGGCGACGAACGCCCUCUUUACGUUCCCCCAACUGGGCAUGAACUUCCAGUAUGGCGAGACAGCAGCCUACCAGUUCGUAUUCGGGGAAUGGAAUCUCGACUCGGAGGAUGUGAAGAGCCGAAUCUUGACACCCAAGACAUAUAUCGAGUACUUCUUCAAAAAUGAGCGCCUUCCGAUCGAACUAGGCUGGAAGAAGCCUGUUAAUCGGCUAGUUAUGGACACCUUGCAAGCUUUCACAAUAAGCAUGAUGGAACUGGCUCAAAGCCAAAUGGAGGAGAAAGCGUGAAUUUACGCGAACGGGGGUGGCAAAGGAUCUCCCAACAUGAUGCAGUAGAUAGUAGGUAGUGCAUAAUCUUUGCAUAUGUACUAUCUCAAAGAAAAUGCAGUGCCCGCAGUGUUUGCACUCGGAGCUAUUCGCUUUGCUAUCUAUUUCAUCUUUCAUACCAUUUGCCUUUCCUCUCGUUGUCGUUUGCGCCACACACGAUGUCUUGGUUGUCAGUGAUUAUGGUCCUUGCCACCUUAAGAACUCUUAGGCCGUUGAUGUACAAACACGAUAUUUUCGUCAAAUAUCUUCCCACUUACGAUCUACUGGUGAUUCAAAUUUCCGCGCGCCCGUUUGUUUAUGAGUACUGUGUCACUAGUGUGUCUGCCACAAGCACUGGCUUGGUUUCCAGUAUAAAAGUCGGACCAUAUCUGCUG